AUGGGAUUUCGCGACCAGCUUCUCUUCAACAAAGCUAUGCUUGGGAAGCGGGGUUGGAGACUAACCACCCGGCCGGACAGUCUCUGUGCAAAGGUGCUAAAGGGUUGCUAUUUUCAUGAUGAUGACUUCCCAAGCUGCACGAGGAAACAGCGUGCUAGUCACACCUGGCGGGCUAUCAUGGCCGGAAAGGAGGUGCUGGACAGAGGCAUGAUCAAGAGAAUUGGCAAUGGUGUCUCGACCCACAUAUGGCGUGAUAGAUGGAUUCCCCUGCACUUUGAUGCCAAGCCAAUCACGCCGGAAGAGGGACAGGAUCUUACUUUGCUGAUCCGCGAUGUCUUCUUGCCGAUUGAUGUGGAGCAGCGAUACUGCGAAUACCAAUCCGUCCACAGGAUGAUGACUGGUGGGCAUGGGAGCCAGAGAAACAUGGAGAAUACGCUGUCAAAUCUGCCUACCGUAAACUCGUGGUCAUGGCACGAGAGGAACAGAAGGCGCCAUGGAGAAGGCGAGCUGCCGAUCAGAGCUGCAAUCCAGUGGUGCGUCGAUACGGCCCUGGACCUCUGGCAGAUUUGCAAACCAAGCCGGCAGACUGAUUCACGGCGGCCUAUGCCAACAUGGAGUUCACCGCAAGAGGGCUGGCUCAAGUGCAACGUAGACGGCGCCUUCUAUCCGGGACAGGGUGAAGGAGCGACGGGAGGUGUUCUACGUGAUGGGCUGGGGGCCUUCGUGGGGGGCCGAGCGAUAUGGUACCGUCAUGGGCACUGA